AUGGCCUUGUUGGGGAAGCGCUGCGACAUUCCCGCCAACGGCUGCGGGCCUGACCGCUGGAGCUCCGCCUUUACCCGCAAAGAUGAGAUCAUCACCAGCCUCGUGUCUGCCUUAGAUUCCAUGUGCUCAGCGCUCUCCAAACUGAAUGCAGAGGUGGCCUGUGUCGCUGUGCAUGAUGAGAGUGCCUUCGUGGUGGGCACCGAGAAGGGGAGAAUGUUCCUGAACGCACGGAAGGAGCUGCAGUCAGAUUUCCUCAGGUUCUGCCGAGGGGCCCCCUGGAAGGAGCCGGAGGCAGAGCAUCCCAAGAAGGUGUCGCGGGGCGAGGGUGGCGGCCGGAACGUCCCCCGGUCUUCCCUGGAGCAUGGCUCGGACGUGUACCUUCUGCGGAAGAUGGUAGAGGAGGUGUUCGACGUUCUUUACAGCGAGGCCCUGGGAAGGGCCAGUGUGGUACCCCUGCCCUACGAGAGGCUGCUCAGGGAGCCGGGGCUGCUGGCUGUGCAGGGGCUGCCCGAGGGCCUGGCCUUCCGGAGGCCGGCUGACUAUGACCCCAAGGCCCUCAUGGCCAUCCUGGAGCAUAGCCACCGGAUCCGCUUCAAGCUCAAGAGGCCGCUUGAGGAUGGCGGGCGGGACUCGAAGGCCCUAGUGGAGCUGAACGGUGUCUCCCUGAUAGCCAAGGGGUCUCGGGACUGCGGCCUGCAUGGCCAGGCCCCCAAGGGGCCACCCCAGGACCUACCCCCCACCGCCACCUCCUCCUCUGUGGCCAGCUUCCUGUAUAGCACUGCACUCCCUAACCAUACCACGAGAGAGCUCAAGCAGGAGGCACCCGCCUGCCCACUUGCCCCCAGCGACCUGGGCCUUGGCCGGCCUGGGCCUGAGCCCAAGGCCUCUGGUGCCCAAGACUUCCCCGACUGCUGUGGACAGAAGCCCCCCGGGCCCGGUGGUCCUCUCAUCCAGAACGUCCAUGCCUCCAAACGCAUCCUCUUCUCCAUCGUCCAUGACAAGUCAGAGAAGUGGGACGCCUUCAUAAAGGAAACCGAGGACAUCAACACGCUCCGGGAGUGCGUGCAGAUCCUGUUUAACAGCAGAUAUGCGGAAGCCCUGGGCCUGGACCACAUGGUCCCCGUCCCCUACAGGAAGAUUGCCUGUGACCCGGAGGCUGUGGAAAUUGUGGGCAUCCCGGAUAAGAUCCCCUUCAAGCGCCCCUGCACCUACGGGGUCCCCAAGCUCAAGCGGAUCCUGGAGGAGCGACACAGCAUCCACUUCAUCAUUAAGAGGAUGUUUGAUGAGCGAAUUUUCACAGGGAACAAGUUUACCAAAGACCCCACAAAGCUGGAGCCCGCCAGCCCGCCGGAGGAUACCUCUGCAGAGAUCUCCCGUGCGGCUGUCCUCGACCUGCCCGGGACCGCUCGGUCAGACAAGAACGGUGUCUCUGAAGACUGUAGUCCAGGAACUUCUGGGGAGCUGAGUGGGCUGAGGCCCAUUAAAAUGGAGCCAGAAGAUCUAGAUAUUAUUCAGGUCACCGUCCCAGACCCUUCACCCACCUCUGAGGAAAUGACAGACUCAAUGCCCGGGCAUCUGCCCUCAGAAGAUUCUGGUUACGGGAUGGAGAUGCUAACUGAGAAAGGCCCCAGCGAGGACCCGCGGCCCGAGGAGAGGCCCGUAGAAGACAGCCACGGUGACGUGAUCCGGCCCCUGCGGAAGCAGGUGGAGCUGCUCUUCAAUACGCGAUACGCCAAGGCCAUUGGCAUCUCGGAGCCCGUCAAGGUGCCCUACUCCAAGUUCCUGAUGUACCCAGAGGAGCUGUUUGUGGUGGGGCUGCCUGAAGGCAUCUCCCUCCGCAGGCCCAACUGCUUCGGGAUCGCCAAGCUCCGGAAGAUCUUGGAAGCCAGCAAUAGCAUCCAGUUUGUCAUCAAGAGGCCUGAGCUGCUCACCGAGGGAGUCAAAGAGCCCAUCACGGACAGCCAAGAGAGGGAUUCCGGGGACCCUCUUGUGGACGAGAGCCUGAAGAGACAGGGUUUUCAAGAAAAUUAUGACGCUCGACUGUCACGCAUCGACAUCGCCAACACGCUGAGGGAGCAAGUCCAGGAUCUGUUCAAUAAGAAAUACGGAGAAGCCCUGGGCAUCAAGUACCCCGUCCAGGUCCCCUACAAGCGGAUCAAGAGCAACCCCGGCUCGGUGAUCAUUGAGGGGCUCCCCCCGGGAAUCCCGUUCCGAAAGCCCUGCACCUUUGGCUCUCAGAACCUGGAGAGGAUCCUUGCCGUGGCUGACAAGAUCAAGUUCACGGUCACCAGGCCUUUUCAAGGACUCAUCCCAAAGCCUGAUGAAGAUGACGCCAACAGACUAGGGGAGAAGGUGAUCCUCCGCGAGCAGGUGAAGGAGCUCUUCAAUGAGAAAUACGGUGAGGCCCUGGGCCUCAACCGGCCUGUGCUGGUCCCUUACAAACUGAUCCGGGACAGCCCGGACGCCGUGGAGGUCACGGGCCUGCCCGACGACAUCCCUUUCCGGAACCCCAACACAUAUGACAUCCACCGGCUGGAGAAAAUCCUGAAGGCCCGAGAGCAUGUACGCAUGGUCAUCAUCAACCAGCUCCAACCCUUUGCAGAAAUCUGCAAUGACGCCAAGGUGCCAGCCAAAGACAGCAGCAUUCCCAAGCGCAAGAGAAAGCGGGUCUCUGAAGGGAACUCCUUCUCCUCCUCCUCGUCUUCCUCCUCCUCGUCCUCUAACCCGGAGUCCGUGGCGUCCACCAACCAGAUCUCACUCGUGGUAAAGUUGCACAGAUCCGGACCUGACCACUCGGCUCUCUGGCCUUCACCCCGCACGCGGGCAGGGCCGUCUACUCUGGGGCGUGGGUUGGGGGUGCAGGGAGGCACUGGGCUCUGAGUGGGGCUCCUCAGCCUCAGGGUUGCAGACACGUCUGCCUGAUCUACUCAAGAGACAGUCCAACCCCGUCAUCAGCUGCUCACGCGCCCCCCACCCCCCAGCAGGAAGUCACACCCGCGCUGGGCAGGUGGGCAAGCAGGAGCCCAGGAGAGGGUAGGGGACUCCCCUGGGCAGUGCCAGAGCAGGACCUGGAGCAGACUCUCGGUUCCCAGGCUGUCAGAGGCUAGGUUCAUCUCUGCGCUCACAUCACGGGCUCCGGGCCUCACCACAGCCCUGUGAGGUGUGGGUGUUACCCGCAGGGUGUGGAGCAGAGAAACGGGGGUCAGCGGCUGGGUGACUGUGGCUUCCCUGUGCUCAGCGGCGGAUGGAGCACCUGCAGCCUCCUGUCUGGCCACGUGGUUGGCUUGGGUUCUCUCCCAUCCAAGAGGAAAACCUCAUGUGGGACACACACACUUGACCGUUCUUUCUGACUUCAAAAUACCAGCUUUGAAAUCUUGAGUCCAGUGGGGAGAAUAUUGGAGCACAUUUGGAAAUGAUUUGGGGAUUUAUCGUUUGACCGUGCCUCCCUUUAACCCCUUCCUGGAAAAAAAAAAAAA